CUUAUCACACUGUCCUAUUUCUUGUUGUUACAAAUUUGCCUGGAAUGCUUUAAACCUAGAGUACUUUGUUUCACCUGACAGAGCAUGAUGCAGUCAAACCCUGCUCCGACUUUUGUGCUGUUCUGUGUAUUGGUGGGGUUAGAAUACAGUUUUUGCAUUCUAUUUGCAAUUCCCAGCCAGAGUCAUUGUUUGCCUUGCCUGCCAGGCUGAAUCUAGUGGGAUGGGGAAGCAAGCUGUGGAGUUUGACAAAAAACUAGCUAGAUGACUGCAGUAUGAUGUUUCCCCCACCCAAAUACUCCUUCUCCCACAUAGAUACGGAAUGAGAAUCUCACUUCUUUAACUUACAAUAAAGAGCAGAGGUAAAAUUGUUAGUUCCUGUCUCAAGGCCAGUUUCCACCACUAAUGUACCUGCCUGGAACUAUUUGCAUGAUAAAUGAUGUGUCCUGGAACCAGUAAUCUUUUAUAAAGGUGAAUAUCAGUGGAAAUCUUUUAAUUGGCUAAGAGCAGUUUGUUGGCAGGCUGCCUGAGUAUCUGUGAGGAGGGGAGAAUCACAGAAAAUGUUUGAUGUUUUAGUUUGAUGUUUGUAGUAACUAGUGUUUUAAAUGCACAGGGGUAAAGAACAGUCCUAGACUGAGGACGAGUUCCAGACACUUAGGCAGAACACUUGCUUGUAUUCACUGCCCUCUGUUAUGGCGACAUGAGACCAGUCUCCUGUGGCCGAGGGACACAACAUUUUUUUCUUGGGUAGAGCAUUAUUGCCACUUCAACAGAAGGACCUUGUCCUCAAUGCUUCUGUACCAGCCCUGUUCAGGCAAACUGCCAUUGUCACCACUGUGCUUCUACCUUGUUUUGGAUAGGACAGAUAUAAAUGCGUUCCUCUUAUUUGGGUUCACUUACACGAAGAUUGGGCUCCUCUGCCUUUGCUUGUUCUCUUCUGCCUUUUUCUUGCAAGAAACCUUUACCUAUGAAAACUUGAUUUGCAUGCCAUUGCUUAAAAACUUGGUUCCACCACUCUGAUGGUGUGUAGGGGACCUGAGUGGAAAUGAGAAUUUGGGGAUGGGUAGGGCAUCCCCACUCAAAGGGUGAAGUGGCCAUUCUGUUAGAGAAUAAAGCCUUGGCCUUUAUAGCUUUUUCAAGGCACGUUUGUGUUGGGUCUGCUGGCAUAUGGAUGUAUUCUCACUAUAGCUGUUUUGCUGUUACUGCAGAAGUCUGGACUCUCAGGAGCAAGCCUGAGGAAGCGGUCACUUGUCUUCUUGCCUAAGAGCUGGGGGUGUUAUAUAUAUGGACCUGCAAAUCACUGAUUUAUUGGGUUUUCACCUAACUUCUCUCAUUUGCUGGCUCUUUUAUUUCCCCCAUGAAAUCUUGGAUUAAUUAAAGAUCUUAAACUUUCAGAGCUAGAAGGGACCUUAGUCCAGCUCCCUCAGUUUAUAAGUAAAAAACAUUUGUGGCUGUGAGAAGUUGUGGCUUUUCCAGGGCCUCCCAGCCAAGAUACCAGUUUGAUUUUUAUUAUAUAGCUAACUAGUAAUACUGUUACCUUGACUUUGGGGAUUUCAGAGCAUUCUAUGACUCGACUGCUUAAGGGAAUUGUAAGGCCUCACUGCACCUCAAUAGAUAAUUUUAGGUACCGUCCUGGUAGUUACAGACCAGCCAUAGGUAAAAGACUUGGUUGGUGUUGCCCUUUCUCUGCGUUAUUUGAAUAGUCUCUAAGUUGUACAUGCUAGGCUUUUUUAGUCUAAAGAAGAAAAUGCUACUUUUGGGCCAGCGAGGUAUCAGAGAUUAGCUAAUAUGGGCCAGUUUAGGUUUUAACAGGGAACGAUAGUUAUCUUAAUGAUGAAAAGUUUGAUGACAAAAGUCCUUUUUUGAACAUGUGUUCAAAAGCAAAAGAAAAACUGUCAAACUAAUAACUCAGUUUGUUGAACGUUCGAACAUUACAAUUUACUGAUCUGAGAGGCUUUUAAGAAGUGAUUGCUCUGAGUCAGACUUGUGUAUUUUGGAGGAUGGCUUUGAAUCUCCCAGGAUACAUGGUUUCUGUUGGUACUGCUUUUUUCUCUUAGGGUUAAAGCCCCUUUAUGUGACGUUACAGCAGCUUGUUGUAGCUUCAGCUUGAAAAAGAAGAGAGACUUUGCCUCUGGAUUUUAUGUGUUCUUUUGGGGAUGAGAUAUUAAUGUUGCAUGUUCUCUUGAACAUGCAUUCUAUCCCUGAGUAUUUCUGUAUGAUAUGGUACAAGAAAUACUUACCAGAGAUCACCACUAACGAUAUGCUUUAUAGUGUCUAAGUGUGCUUCAGAGGUGACAAGACCUGUGAUAGUGUUGAUUCUAACAUGCAUGAAUCUUUUCUUUAUUUUAGCACUGUGUGUUAUGUGCCAGUAAUUUGCAGUUUAUCCUUUGUUUCUAGCUAGGUAAGCCGGGAAAUAGCAUAGUACUUUGUCUAUAUGUUUAUCUUCAAAAUGUCCCAAAUAGCCCUGGGAAAAAGGUCGUGCAGCACAAUGGGGGCUUUCAACUUACAAUUUUCUUUGUUUUAGGCUCCAUAAAAAUACAGACUCACCAGUUCCUGCUUUGAUGUGACAUGUGACUCCCCAGAAUACAUCUUGCUUCUGUAGACCAGCUCCAACAGGAUUCCAUGGUAGCUGGAAUGUUAGGGCUCAGCCCAUAGGAUCGCUUCUCUACUCUGUCCUUCCACGUGCAGUGGUUCUGGACGAGCUGCUGUCUGCCUGAUCAGGAUCCACUCAUGGAAUCCACACCAGCUCAAGAGGCAGUCUCGUCCUUACCCACACUCUACAGCUCUUCACUGGCAAAAAAGGGGAGUUAAACCAGGUCAUGCUUUUUGACCCUCAGCUCUUUGUCCCCUCCCCUGCACUGGGCUCUGUGUCCUGCAUUGAGGCUCCUGUGAACUUCUCUCCAAGCAGUGCCAGAUGACGGUGAAGUUACCUAUUGCUGCAUGCGCCCUCUGCUCUGCUGAAGCCACUGAGAGCAGUGACUGCCUCUGCUCACCCACCACAGCUUCCCCUUGUUACCUAUGGGAAGAAAAGUCAGAAGACCAGGAUCUCCAGGGCCUCAAGGACAAACCCCUGAAGUUUAAAAAGGUGAAGAAAGAUAAGAAAGAAGACAAAGAGGGCAAGCAUGAGCCCCUGCAGCCACCAGCCCACCACUCUGCUGAGCCAGCAGAGGCAGGCAAAGCGGAGACCUCGGAAGGGUCAGGCUCAGCCCCAGCCGUCCCAGAAGCUUCUGCCUCCCCCAAACAGCGGCGCUCCAUCAUUCGUGACCGGGGACCCAUGUAUGAUGACCCCACUUUGCCUGAAGGUUGGACCCGGAAGCUUAAGCAAAGGAAAUCUGGCCGCUCCGCUGGGAAGUAUGAUGUGUAUUUGAUCAAUCCCCAGGGAAAAGCCUUUCGAUCUAAAGUGGAGUUGAUUGCGUACUUCGAAAAGGUAGGCGACACCUCCCUGGACCCUAAUGAUUUUGACUUCACGGUAACUGGGAGAGGGAGCCCCUCCCGGCGAGAGCAGAAACCACCUAAGAAGCCCAAAUCUCCCAAAGCUCCAGGAACUGGCAGAGGUCGGGGACGCCCCAAAGGGAGCGGCACCGCGAGACCCAAGGCAUCAGAGGGCGUGCAGGUGAAAAGGGUCCUGGAGAAAAGUCCUGGGAAGCUGCUCGUCAAGAUGCCUUUUCAAACUUCACCAGGGAGCAAGGCCGAAGGGGCUGGGGCCACCACAUCAGCCCAGGUCAUGGUUAUUAAACGUCCCGGCAGGAAGCGAAAAGCCGAGGCCGACCCCCAGGCCAUUCCCAAGAAACGGGGCCGAAAGCCAGGCAGUGUGGUGGCAGCUGCUGCCACUGAGGCCAAGAAGAAAGCCGUGAAGGAGUCAUCCAUCCGGUCUGUGCAAGAGACCGUGCUCCCCAUCAAGAAGCGUAAGACCCGAGAGACAGUCAGCAUUGAGGUGAAGGAGGUGGUGAAGCCUCUGCUGGUGUCCACCCUCGGUGAGAAGAGUGGGAAGGGACUGAAGACCUGCAAGAGCCCUGGGCGGAAAAGCAAGGAGAGCAGCCCUAAAGGGCGCAGCAGCAGUGCCUCCUCACCCCCCAAGAAGGAGCACCACCACCACCACCACCACUCAGACAGCAUCUGCAAAGAGGAGAAGAUGCCGAGAGGAGGCUCGCUGGAGAGCGAUGGCUGCACCAAGGAGCCAGCUAAGACUCAGCCCACGGUCGCAACCGCCACCACAGCCGCAGAAAAGUACAAACACCGAGGGGAGGGAGAGCGGAAAGACAUUGUUUCAUCCUCCAUGCCAAGGCCAAACAGAGAGGAGCCUGUGGACAGCCGGACGCCCGUGACCGAGAGAGUUAGCUGACUUUACACAGUGUGGAUUGCAAAGCAAACCAACAAGAAUAAAGGCAGCUGUUGUCUCUUCUCCUUAUGGGUAGGGCUCUGACAAAGCUUCCCGAUUAACUGAAAUAAAAAAUAUUUUUUUUUCUUUCAGUAAACUUAGAGUUUCGUGGCUUCAGGGUGGGAGUAGUUGGAGCAUUGGGGAUGUUUUUCUUACCGACAAGCACAGUCAGGUUGAAGACCUAACCAGGGCCAGAAGUAGCUUUGCACUUUUCUAAACUAGGCUUCUUCAACAAGGCUUGCUGCAGAUACUACUGACCAGACAAGCUGUUGACCAGGCUUCUUAGGGUAUGCCUGCACCUCCCCUCCCACCCAGGCCUCCCCCAAUGUGGUCGUUAAGGACAGAGAGCACUUAAGAGGACACUCCCAUUUUCGGUGCCAUUGGUACCCCAGUCUCAGCUCUCCUCUCCCUCCACCCUGCCCCCAGCUUCCCUACCUCCCCCACUCCCACCAUGUUGGGACAAGGAGGUGUGAGGCAGAAGAGACAGUUGGAUUCUUUAGAGAAGAAGACGGAGAUGGCCAGUGGCUACAGCCCGUGUGAUUCUGCAGUGGCACAAAUCUGGCCCCACUCCAGCCCCAAUCCAAAACGGACAAGGACAUUUUACAGGACAGGAAAGUAACACCUGUUCACUCCAGUUCUGGCAUGGCUUGGAGAGAGUCAUCCUUUGAGCUGCUAGGUGUAGACUGGCCUGAGCCAGAGGAGAGUAUGGCGCAGGGCCAGCCUCCAGUGGAUGGCACUAGAGAGAGGCCAUGGAGGCAGCAGGACGAGGUGCAGGCAGGCUGGCCCAGCUCCGGACCAGCAGAGCACAGCGGGGCAGGAAGGACUCCUAGUCACUUAGAGCAGUCUGACUGGCAGUUAGAGGCUCAGUGGGGCAGGGGCCAAGGGGAAGGAGGGGAGAAUGUUCUUUCAAAACUUUCCAAUUCUACUCCUUAGGGACAGCUUAGAACUAUUUGCACUAUUGAGUCUUCAUGUUCCCACUUCAAAACAAACAUGCUCUGAGAGCAAAAUGGCUUGAAUUGGUGGCAUUUUGUCCCUCAAGCCACCAGACAUGAUGGUGUUUAAACUGCCUGGAUCUGUAGAUACCUGCGCUUGUUUUAAAGUGGGCUCAGCACAUAGGGUUCCCACGAAGCUCCGAAACUCUAAGUGUUUGCUGCAAUUUUAUAAGGACUUCCUGAUUGCUUUCUCUUCUCUCCCAUUUCUGCCUUCUGUCAUUUCAUACUUUCAUUUCUUCCCCUCCUUCUUCCUCCUCAUUCAUCCCUUCUGUUCCAAGCAGCCACAGUGCUCAGCUGUACCCCAAACUGAUUCUGGUUAGCUCAUGCCCCCAGAACUCACUUUGCCCUUGGCCUUCCCGACACCAACCCAGCCCAGCCUCACCCCAUUCUAAGCCCUGAGGAAGCCCUGGGCUCUGCUGAGUCCACCUGACCCUAGCACCUCAGCCUCUCUGAAGGGCAAGAGAAUAGCAAGGUCUCGCUCUCCUAGGCCAGAACCCAGACACCGAGCCUCCUCAACCUUCCACUCGAGAGAAGUGGAUGGGAGAAAUUGGACCAGAUUUGGAUUUGGGAGCUGAGGGCAGAACAGAGGCACCCCAUGGUCUGCCACACAGUCAUCAAGCAGCCCAGCCCUGGCCUUGGCCUCUGCCAGGCCUGGCUAGCUCAGUGCAAUGCAGCAGGGCAGCAGGCGGAACAAAUGCAGAUGCCCCCAGACCUGACCUGGGACAAGUGCCUAGGACCCCCUUUUUUGCCCCCCAGGCUCCUCCAUUAACCACAAGUUCUUUUUUAAUGGAAAACAUUUGACUUUUGCUUCUUGGAGACUGGGUAGGGUCAGUGUAGCACACAUUUCCACGUCUGUGCCAGGGUUAUGGUGUAGGGGCUUAGAGGCUUGGGUUUGCUGUGGGAUCCCAUCCUUUCAACCUCUCUGUUCAGGAAGUCCUUAUCUAGCUGCAUAUCUUCAUCAUAUUGGUAUAUCCUUUUCUGUGUUUACAGAGAUGUCUCUUAUAUCUAAAUCUGUCCAACUGAGAAGUACCUUAUCAAAGUAGCAAAUGAGACAGCAGUCUUAUGCUUCCAGAAACACCCACAAGCACGUCCCAUGUGAGCUGCUGCCAUGAACUGUCAAGUGCGUGUUGUCUCGUGUAUUUUAGUUAUUGUCCCCUGGCUUCCUUACUGCGGUGUAACCAUGAAGGAGUGAAACAUCCUAGAAACUGUCUAGCACUUCCUUGUCAGUCCUUAGUGAUCAGGAACCAUAGUUGACAGUUCCGAUCAGUAGCUUAAGAAAAAACCGUGUCUGUCUCUUCCGGAAUGGUUAGAAGCAAGGGAGUUUGCCCAUUCUGUUUGUAGAGUCAUAGUUGGCCUUUCUAGCAUUUUUGUAUCCAUUUCCUUAUGCUGCAAAGUCCCACAAGCAACUCCACUCUGCUGUUAAUUCUCUGGGCUUUACUUCUGACACCUCCCCAGGAGGAGAGGGGGGUCGGAGGAAGAAGCAAGUCCUUUGGGACCCCUCUUCCUCCAAGGACAAAAGGCUCCUGACCCCGCAGUGGCCUUGCACUCCUGGCAUCCCCAAAAGACACCUAUCCAUGUGAGCUUUGCAUUCAGCCAGUUUGUCAUAGAGAUGCUGUCCAUUUUGGUUGGCUGGGUUUUUUUGUGUUAUAUACCUAGUCCAGUGAAAUGUGGCUCCUGGGACCAAUGUCAGGAGCUGGCUGGCCUCCCCAUCGGCUCAUUACCAUCUGGUCCUGGGAAGAGGAGUGCGGGACCCACCAGACCGACUUUUUACCCAUGACCGUUUAUUCAGGGUUCUGACUGGGCAUUGAUGGUCAAGAACACAGCAUCUCAAGGGUUGUUUUCUUUCUCUCCGGCUCAACCCGCAGCCCCUUAGCUCCCCAGCUUCCUCCCCUAGAGUUCCAAAGCUGCAGGCGAUGCCUGAGACUCCUUAUGGUCCCCCCUCUUUCUUCCACAUUCCCUUCUCUUCCCCAAAUACAGGCAUCAUGAGUGAGUCACCUUUAAGCAGGCCACCUUGGUGGUUUGUCCCCCUGAUGGGCUGGUGCCCUAUAGCUUCCAUGCUGCCUCUGUUCCUGGAGUCAGGUUGAUGGGAGGUUGGAGGGAAAGCCUGGAAUUCUCACCAGCUGUGUUCCGCCCAGUUUGGGGUGUGACCUUGAUUUUGUAUGUACUUGAACACCACGAAGAUUGGGGGACAUCUUUUAGGGUCUGAAGAAUACAGGAAUUGACCAGCGACAUUCAGAUCCCCAUGGGUCUAGGUCACAGAGUCACAUUCAAUCUCCCCAACCAUCAUUCUAGUUGUUAGUUACUACCUCCUUUCUUUACAGAAUUCUGUAUGUCCUCGAGCUCCUUUCACAAUGCCAGCGCCAGCCCUGCCCUACCUAUCCGCCCAUUGGUGAGCUUGUCCUUACCAGUGGGAUUGCUAGCUUUGACACUUCAGUGAACUGGGGAACUGGGCCACAACCAGGCUCUAGUACAGUUCCCUUCUGCUGGCAUAGGAGACACCUAAAAAUGCCACGUCCCCAGUCCAUCAGUGCCAAACUAGCCAAGGACCCCAGCCCCUCAGCUCCCUGGAAUGUGAAAGUCAUGGUGGUGGCCUGUGGACACUGGGCACAGCCAGCACCUGGCUUCUACUGAGACCCCAUGCAGAUGUGGACAACAGUCUGUUCAGUGGCAUGUUCCAGGCUAGAAGCCAAAAACAGUGGCAGUGAGACCUGCAACAGCCCCAAGUUGUUGCCUGCUCCUCUGCCCAGUUUGUCAUUGCUGUGACAGCCAUCAUGAAAGGGCACUAGCCAGAAACAAACUUCCAUGUUUGCUGGGAAAGGAGGCAGGCCCUCUGGAUUUUAAGUAACUCUUAAUAAGCAGCCCAAGCCCAGGAGGGGGCAAAGGUUAUGAACUAAACUCACAAGAGGGCCAGCUGGAUCUUGUGGAGCAUUCCCACUGGGCUCUCUGGACUAACGUGGUCAGGGGAGGUCACAGGUACUGGUUCUUGGAGACCUUUGUACACCCAUUCCUAGCUGGAGCCAUUGCCCUGAAUUGCUUCCUGAUGCGAGUUUUGUGCACAGAGUCUAGGACCAAUGGCCCAGACCUCAGGAAGCAAGCCAUGUCUAGAGCCGUAUGGGUGUUUGCCUAGCCAGUCCCCCAAGUGCCAGCCGCUGGCCCGUGGGCAAGCACAGCAACAUUACCAGGCCUGUGGCUAUGUCCCUGCUUUGUUGGAUUCCUGCUCUUACUGUACUUUCUGCAAGAAUCCAUCUUUGCUCUUGGUCAGUGAGCCCUUCCACUCUGGAGGGGUUUGUUGAAUCUCCAGUUUUGUGUCUUUUUCUUUUAGACCAAUCUUUAGAAAAGGCCUAAUUGUUAUAAAUUGCUAGGAUACUGCCUCCCCCAGGGUCUGUAGUUACAUAUUAAAAGGGAAAAAAAGUGAACAUUGAAACCCACUCUCAAUAAUUCAGAAGAAAAACCUAGAAAAUAUUUGGCAAAAAAUUACAUUUUAAUGUUUCUGAACAAACAAGAGCAAGCUUUUGCAAAAAUUGUGAUCUAAAAAUACUUGGAGCUUGGCCUGAUGUGUGGUGAGUGCUGCAGGCAAGGGGGAUUCUAGCCCAAAGCUGCUGGAUCUGAGACUCAGAGCCAUCCUGUCAUUAGAGAGUCCAUCUCCCCUUGGGUAGCAGUCCCUGAGGACUUGGCUCUGCCCCCAUCCUCUGGGGUGGCCUGGAGGUUAGUGGCCCACCUGAUCCCAAACCUACAGGAGCCUAGCUCUUGGUGUGGGAAGCAGAGUGGUCACCAGGGACUUGUGAAGGCCUGCAUCAUUCUCACGCCAGCACCACCUGUUUCUUGCUCCAUUCUCAUCUC